AUGAUUUUCAAAAGAUUUCUUCAAUCAUCCUCGAAGCAAAUUGGGUUCGCCUUUGAUAUUGACGGUGUCUUACUUAGAGGCAAGAACCCUAUACCAGGAGCAAGUGAAGCAUUAAGGUUGUUAAACAAUUCAAAAAUUCCAUACAUUCUAUUGACUAAUGGUGGUGGCAAUCUAGAGAGUGAACGUGUAAAUUUUAUCUCUGAAAAAUUGAAAGUUGCCAUCUCUCCAUUACAGAUUGUUCAAAGUCAUACACCUUUUAAAGCUUUGGUUCCCAAAUAUGAUCGAAUCUUAGCUGUUGGUACACCUUCAGUAAGACAUGUUGCUGAAAGUUAUGGUUUUAAUGAUGUGGUACAUCAAACUGAUAUUGUUAGGUACAACAGAGACAUUACGCCGUUUACUGGUUUAAAUGAUGAACAAUUGAAGGAAUAUUCCAAGGAGAUUCCCCAUUUGGAUUCCAAAAAAUUUGAUGCUGUGUUAGUGUUUAAUGACCCUCAUGAUUGGGCAGCUGAUCUGCAAAUCAUUUCUGAUAUUAUAAAUAGUGAAAAUGGUCUUUUAAAUACGUUAAGAGCCGGCUCUUCUAAAUCCAGUGAACCAGCUGUUCCCAUAUAUUUCUCAAAUCAAGAUUUAUUGUGGGCAAAUCCAUACAGAUUAAAUAGAUUUGGUCAAGGUGCAUUCCGUUUAUUGGUAAGAAAUUUAUAUGCUCAAAUGAAUAAUAGCCUCGCAUUGAAUGAUCUCACUUUGGGGAAGCCAACCAAAUUGACGUACGAUUUUGCUCAUCAUGUUUUAAUCGAUUGGAGAAAUAAAUUACUUUCUGGUAACAGAACAUCUACUACUCAAACCCUUCCUGUUUUGGGAACAUCUCCUACCAAUUCACCUUUUGAAGAAAUAUUUAUGGUUGGAGAUAAUCCGGCAAGUGAUAUAAUAGGGGCCCAAAAUUAUGGAUGGUCAAGCUGCCUAGUGAAAACAGGGGUUUAUCGAGAUACAGAUAAACUUAACCAUGUCAAGCCUACAAUGAUUGUUGACGAUGUCUUAAAUGCCGUUACCAAUGUUUUGGAACGAAUCUAA